AUGCUCUCUUCGUCAGCGGUAUGCUCUCUCCAUGCUAAGAUUAUCUUGAGACAACGCACCCUGACCUCCGUCCGUCUGGCCAGCAGCCACUUUGCUUUUUCCCCUUUUCUUUGCUUCUUUGCUUCUGCUCGCCCUCGUCCUCGACCGGAGGAAGGGCAUAAACUAAGAGAGAAAAACGAAAAAACUAGCUCGGGACUAAGAGGAGGCAGCAUCCCUGGCCCAAAGUCUCCAGAAGUCGCUGGCUCCGACCCUUGGCCCAUCAUCUCAUGGCUGCGGACGGCGACUGGACGGCCUUUUUUUAGUACCAACGUGGCCGAAACGGUUCUUACCAGCCAAAGGGGCAAAAGAAAAGAAAAAUACGAGGACGAGAUGGGAGUUGCAAGCUGCGAGUUGGAGGAGAAGAAGAGGAAGAAGAAGAAGAAGAAGAAAAGCAGAGACAUCAAGGCAGCGCAGGGCUCCACCGGCAAGAGAAAAGAGAAGGCUGGCCAGGGAUACGCACGUAUCUCAUCUCCGUCCGGUGGCUGGCCUGCUCUUGCGCCAGCUUCCGCAGGGGGGGAGAAGCGGAAGAGAGAGAGAGAGAGACAGGCCAGCAGCGAACAAGGCCCAUCCCUUGCCCUGUCCUCCUCCACCCAGCCCGUCCAUCACCCGGGGGGCGCUGCGUCUGCUGCUGGCUGCUCCGUACGACGCCCUUCUUCUUGCUUUUGGCUUCGCUGGUUGCUGUCGUUUCUUCUUCUUCGCCCGGCCUGUCAAGCUUUUACCAGACCAACUCGUCGGGUCCAGAUCAGCACAGCAAAGGAUCGCGACGAUGAGGCCGAUGACGAUGCUGAUAGCCCUCACUACCGCUUGCUGGCUGGCUUGCUUGCUUGCUUGCUGGCUUGCUUGCUUACUAGCCGGCGGAAGAAGCAAAGGCAGGCAGGGAGGGAGGUAAACAGCGUCUACACCAGAUGGCAAUCCCCAGGCCCAGACCGUCUUCCACUCAACGGCUGCCCCUAUCUCUCUCUCACACACACUCACUCACUCACUUCCAUCUCUAUAGCUACAACUGCUAUUGAUGCCAGGCUUGAACGGCGUCUCCGGGGUGGCAACGGCCUUGUCCUCCGUCCCGAUCCCCUAUCUCCCUCCGUCUCUGCCUUCUACUUGUUCUUCUUCUUCUACUUCUUCUUCUUCUUCUUCUUCUCCCUGCUUGCUCCGGGCCCAAAGGCCAAAGAAACUUCCUCUCCAUGUCCAGAAAUAGAGCAUGGGGUGCGAAGGGGAAGAGUUGAAGGCCUUGACCUUUGCUUCUUCCUCUCCCCUUUUUUUUUUUGCACUUCACUUAGCUUGCGCCAUCCAAGUGAAAUGAAUAAUAUGCAUCUUCUUCUGCUCCGAAGGGGGGACUGCGGAAAAGAAGAUCAAAGGGCCAAAAAGACCAAAAGACCUGGCCUGGGCCUCUCCAUCUUACUCUCUCCAGUCUUCUAUCUCAGAGCUGUUCCCUCCAAGUGCUCUCUAGGCGCCGGCCUUCUCCUUCUGCUUCAUCCCUAA